AUGCCGGGUACCGUUGCAGAUGGACCGACAGUGUCCAUGUCGUUUGCCAAUAAUUUCUGGGGAAAAGAUGAUGCGGGUUUUUUCCCCAUGCUUGAACGCAUGCAUGGUGCCAAAGUAUCCUGCGACGAACUAAAGACCUUCUACAACAUCCGCGCUGCCAUUGAAGAAGAAUAUGCCCGCAAGCUUCUCGCGCUUUGCCGAAAGCCCCUCGGGUCCACCGAAAUCGGUUCUCUACGAUCGUCCUUUGACGUUGUCCGCGGCGAAACAGAGGCCAUUGCGAAGGCUCAUGCCGCCAUUGCAGGUCAGAUGAAGAGAGAGCUCGAAGAGCCCUUGAUUGCAUUUGCAGGCGGAUCCAAAGAACGCAGAAAGAUCAUACAGAGCGGUAUCGAGCGUCUACACAAAACUAAGGUCCAACAGACCCAGACGGUAAAUAAAACGCGAGACCGAUAUGAGCAAGACUGCCUGAGAAUUAAAGGUUAUCUCGCCCAAGGACACAUGGUCAUGGGGCAGGAAGAGCGGAAAAACAAAGCCAAGUUGGAGAAAACACAGAUCCAGCUUGCGUCAAGCAGCAAUGAAUACGAAGCUGCCGUGAAAGUCCUCGAAGAAACCACGGGACGCUGGAACAAGGAAUGGAAGGCUGCUUGUGAUAAAUUCCAAGAUCUUGAGGAGGAACGGAUCGACUUCACAAAGAGCAGUCUGUGGACUUAUGCGAAUAUUGCCUCCACCGUCUGUGUCAGCGACGAUGCUUCCUGCGAGAAAAUCCGCCUCUCACUCGAGAAUUGCGAGGUCGAGAAGGAUAUUGUUUACUUUAUUAAAGAAAGGGGAACAGGGCAAGAUAUACCUGAUCCUCCUAAGUUCAUCAACUUCUGCCGUGGAGAUGUCAACGACACAAGUUCUGAGAUGUCCGAAGAUGACGGCUAUUCCGUGGCCCAAUUCCAGCGUACGAUCAACCCAGCGUUCCGAAGCUCCUCUCCCCAGCCGUCUACAUACGAAUCGCAUCAUGACCCACAGUCCGAUCUCGCGGCGCAGAUGGGACAUCCCCCAGGACCAACGACUCCCGCAGGCAGAGAGACUACCGUCACUCCCCAGAAGCCAACUCCGACACAGCAAGCUCCGAUCCAACAGCCCCCGACCCAACAGCCUGCGCCGCUGGAUCUUCGAAGAGGAGGACACCUCCCACCGAACUAUGACCCUGAACAACACGGAGAGAUCGGACCAGUGCCCCAUAAUGCGUACCCCACGGAUGGUAUGACCAUGUUCUGCAGGGCUGGGCCACCUUCCGAAAGAAGUUCCGUGACGAACAGUUACCGCCCGUCUAGUCGCGACUCUCAGAGUGAGGUCUCCAAUCCAACGUCCAUGUCCAGCCAGGAACCCCCAAGUGCCAAGCAGUCGCCCACGAAGCCAACCAAUGGUGUAGCACUCCCCGGCAUCAGCAAUGAGAAACAGGUACAAAAGAAGAGGAGUGCAUUUUUUAGCAACAGUCCCUUCCGCCGCAAGAGCCGUCACGACAAGGACCGACAGUCGGUCUCUCAGAUCGCCUCUCGCAGUACGUGGGACUCUCCGAAGCAGCAGAGCCCAGUGAAAGCACCCAAGGCUCAACCACCAGCGCCUGCGGCUCCUGUUAAUAAUCGCCCGUCUCCUAGCCCUGAGCCUGUUGACCCUCGGGCAAACUUCCAGCUCAACGUUGGCAAUAACGUAUUCGACGUGGAGUCCCCGGAUAAGAAUGCCGCCAAGAAGGAACCCCAACCCCCGAAAGGCACAGAAGAGAAUCUUGACCCCAUAGCCCGUGCCCUCGCAGACCUGAAAGUCGCGGGAAAACAGCCCAGUACUCGCGUUUCCGCCGACCGCUAUCACGGCAUUGCUACACCCAUCCCCUCAGCCCCCGGGUCCACCUACAGCAGUGCGUCCGUGGCAACUCCUCCGCCUUCGUAUAACGAUUCAUCGGUGAAACGACUGGAUGCGCCACAGCCUGCAUUCACAUCUGCCCAGAUGCAGAAGACGACGCAAAAGUACACCGGCCAGACUCAGAAUGUACUGAGAGGCGCUGGCAAUUCCCCAAGUCUCGGCGCUCGGACUAGUGCGCAGCCUCAAGAAACGCCUCGUGCCAAGUCGCCAGCCCCGAGACGAAGCGCAAGUCCCCAGGUCAGUCCCCGCGUCGACACUCGUGCGGGCCAGUAUAGUCGGGCCGCUAGCCCGGCCCCUAGCACGUACCAGGCUAGCAGUAUGAAGAACCGUUACAGCCAGUCGCCGACUGUCUCUACACCCCCACAACGGCCCAGCGACGCUCCAUACUCGCCCCAUGACUAUAAGAGAGCCUCCCCCAGUACUAUGGGAAGGACUGCCUCUCCCCAGCCCCAGUUCAGACAGCAAGCCCGACCCUCCAGCGCUGGAGGCAUGGAGCUACAGCUUUCGAACCCAGCCGACAUGUAUGGCGGUAGCGAUGGAUACGGAUCUCGUCGCGAGCCGGCAAGACCAAUGUCUUACUAUGGCGAUACUGGAAGCCCACGAAGCAGAUCCCGCAGUCGGACCAUGGCAGUGGCGGACCCCGGAAGACAAUUCAGUCGGGAUGGACGCCCCAUCUUGCAUUUCGCUCGCGCCAUGUACAGCUACACUGCAGCCAUCCCUGAAGAACUUGGUUUUACCAAGGGCGAUGUGCUGUCGGUGAUUCGACUUCAGGAUGACGGUUGGUGGGAAGCCGAAAUCACAACGUCCCGCGGAAGAACGGGCUUGGUGCCCAGCAACUACCUGCAAAUCAUCUAA